AUGGUCAAGAACCUUGGAAUGCAAACAUCAUUGGAUCCAAUGGAUUUGUCUCGCCCACCAACAGGCCAUAGCGUUAAUGCCGACAGCAGUCGUGCUGACAGCAAAUUCUUUGCACUUAGUGUAAGCGGCACGAACAUGGCUGGCAAACCAUCACAACUUGCUAUGCCUGUCAUGUACGGUACACCCGUGGACAAAGUUUACAAGUCGUGGCCUUUCCUGACUGUUGGUAUAUGUGCCGCUAUCGUUCUUUUUGGUAUCAUUUACCGUGAACUACCAGAGUACAGGUUGGGCUUUCGCUACCAGCUGUACGCGCUCUUUGGAACAACGAACGAGAACGCCAAAUGGGUCGGAGGACAUCGUGAAAUUGUCGGCUUUAUCGUCAAUUAUUUCUUUAUUGGACUGCCGUUCAUGAUUGGCGGCAUGGCGCUUGCUUUAGGAGACGCUUUACCGCCUGUGCCAACGGGUGUAUACCGCACAGUCACGCGUUUCCUAAAGCGCAAGAUCUUCGUCGGCACUAUAAACAUUUCGUACGCUGAGUCUAUCUGUACACUUGUGUUUCUAGGGCUGAACGCCAUUUGGUUUGCUGCUAUUUUCUCACGGAACUAUGAUGCUCUCGUGAAGGCCAAAACUACCGAUGGUGCUUCAAUGUUUCGACUUGUGGGUCAAGUACUCGGAUUCAAUGCUAUGCUUUGCUUUUCGCUACUGAUUAUCCCCGCGACACGCAAUUCGUUCUGGAUGCUUUCUAUGGGCAUUGACUACUCGCACGGCAUCAAGUACCAUCGUUGGGUUGGAUUCUUUACAAUCACAAUGGUGGUCCUUCACGCCGUCCCAUUCUACGUGGCGUGGUUCAAGAGCGGCACGUAUAUUGAGUCGGCAUUUCCGUGUAUGGACUGUGACUACGGAACGGUUGGCAAGAAACGCCUCCAGAAUUUCUUUGGUCAGUUGGCGCUGCUGUGCUGUAUCGUUAUUGGCAUGACGUCGCUGAGUCCGUUCCGCCGCAAGUACUAUGAUGUGUUCUACUACUGCCACCACCUCUUCAUCUUCGUGCUCUUUUUCAGUGCGCUACACUUUUCGCAGUUUGUCAUCUGGAUGUACCCGGCCGUGUGCCUUUAUGUCAUGCAUCGCAUCUUGGCUCAAAACCAGAGCCGGAUGCCGUGUGAAGUCGUGGAUUUGGAAGCUAUUCCUGGCGAGAUCACGCGUCUAGUUUUCCGACGUUCACCGGGAAAGUCAGGCCACUACCAUGCUGGCCAGUUCAUUUACCUACGUAUUCCGCUGCUGUCGCACACACAGUGGCAUCCGUUUAGUAUCAGUUCGUCACCUAUCGAGUACGAAGACACUUUUACUGUACACGUCAAGUGCGUUGGUAACUGGACCAAGUCAUUGUACGCUGUCGCUAUCCAGGCGCGUGAGGAACGAAAAUUGCCACUCAUUUACGUUGACGGCUUUUACGGGAAAAUGUCUGACGACUUCCAGCACUACCCUGCUCUCGUGUUCGUUGCUGGCGGUAUUGGGGGCACACCGAUCAUUAGCAUCAUGGGCAAGAUUUUAGAUUGCAUGCGCAACAAUGAUCCAAAUAUGGCGUUUACUCAAGUGUACUUCCACUGGACGUCUCGUGAGAUCGGUAUCUUUCACGAGUUUGAACCCCUGCUGGACGCCAUCGAGCAGUUCGACCCGGACCAUGUGAAGAUGAAGGUUCGUCUCUGCUUUACUGGUGACCAGCACCUGGGUGGUGUGGACAUCCCCAACGGUAUUGCGCUAAAGCCAAUGGAUGACACUAGCAUGGUUCCAACGCGGCCGUUCUUCCAGUCAUCCCGGUCUGUGCCCCGUCAGAUGCUCCUGUUCUUUGUGACAUUCACGUGCAGCUUCUGGUGUCUGUUCUUCGUCCGUUUUGACUACCCGAUGCUGGGCCAUCUGCGCGUCAACCAGAGCAUGUGGCCGAUGGAGCGUAUUGUGGAGGUUUUCAUUAUGAUUGUUGGUGCUUGCGUAGGCUGGGCUGUAGUGUUUUCGGAGCCUGCGCCUCGAUCGAUGAGCCGAGUGGAGAAGUCACGCUUUAUGCCCACUCUUGACAGCUAUGAGCCCGAUGAAGAGAAUGUCGACCAGUACUCGGAGUAUUCUCACUCGCUCUCAUUCGACGGAAUGGAGGUCCAGUUCCACCACCCCGUAAGCCGUUCACGGCUGAGCGUAAAGGAGCUGUUCAACGAGGUUGUCAAAGAACAAUCGCACAACUUUGCUAUUAACAUCACUGGCAUUGGUACGUGGGUAUCAGGCCCCAUGGGUCUCAUUCAUGCUGUGGAGACGGAGGCCUCCAACUUUGCUGGCAUUUUUGAUGUGCACUAUGAGGAGUUUGAAUUGUAA